AAGGGGGAACACCAGACAGAGACUAAGCUGGGCCAAAAAGCAACAGAGACUAAAGAGAUGACCAAAAAACAGAUGGGCGUGGAAGGUGAGGUGAAGAGGCAGGAGAAGGAGAGAAAAGAGGCAAGAAAGGAGAAGGAGGUGAGGGAGCGAAUGAAGAGGCAACGGGAGAGGGACCGAAGGGGCUGGGAGAAGGAGGAGAGAGCCAAGAGGGAGUGGGCUGAGAAAUCCAGGAGGGAGAGGAGGGAGGAGGAAAGAAGGGAGUGGGAGAGGAAGGAAAGGGAGAGAAGGGAGAGGAAGAGGGCCCACGGCAACGGUCUAUCGGGGUCGAGGUUGUCCUCCAGGUCGGAGGGAUCCAGGCAAAGCUACGGGAGGGACGAGCGCCACAGUAUGGAGGCUGACGCCAACGCGGAGGAGGAGCUGGACGAGUUCCCGUUCGACAUGAGUGACUUUGUCACGGUGGACGAAGUCGGAGACGUGGCCGAGCUUCCACUCAAAAGAUCAGAAGAAGGGGAGACCCCGCCCACAUGUGUCCCACAGGACACUCCACAGGUAGCUUCACCGUGGCUGUGCACACAGAGCUUAUCAUGUAUGAUUACGGACGUUUCAGCCGAUGCUCUUCUCCUGUUACCCACUGGUGUUUUUAUACUCGCUGAAGUCCAACCUGUCACUCGGGGCGGUUCAUGUAACUUUGAAAUGAUAGAAAUACCCAGAAUAUGUUUUACUCCUCUGCUGUAAAGGCUGAUGCUUCCACCCUGCCAGGCAGCGGCACGGACACCUGACUGUGAAUGCAGUGACCUGAGAACGAGCUUCAGGAGCUUCCAAUAGACACCACGGGUGUUUCUACUAGGAGGGAGACCGCUAACACCGCCAUUAUUUCUUUAUUUAUGCGUCUGUUUGGUUUCUUGUGACCACAGACCUUCCUGGUUUUAGCUGUGCACACGCUGGUCUCCAUCACUCUGUCCAUGUCUACACUUCAAGUCUCCUCCUCUUCAUGACUCCACUGCUUCGUCUGCACCCACAGACAUCCGAGAGUGGAUGCUGCAGGCUUGUGGUCAAAACAAAGAUCCUGUGUUUCAGUUCUUUAGUCAAACUGAAACUAAAUCUAAGCUCAAAGAAGACUUUACAAGCCUGAUAUGAAGCUGGAGGAAGGGCUGCUACAAAUCUGGGAGUUAUUAAGCAGGCUUUCGGUCAGUAAUUGCAAUCUUAGUGACUUUUUAAUUAUUCAUACAUAUUUGAUAAGAAGAAAUCGAAAAGAUGUGUUGGGGAGACGAAGUCUUAGAACAACAGUGUUGUG